CGCGGGGGAAGCAGCGGGGGAAGCGGCGGCGGCAGCUCCGGCUCGCGCCGCGCCUCCGCCAACCGCCGGCCCGCGGGCCACGGCUCCGUCGAUGGGGCUGAGCGGCGCCCGCUGAGGAGGGGACGUGGAGCGGGAGCCGGUGCCGGCCGCAGCCAUGCAGCAGGUAUUGGAUAACCUUACUGAUCUGCCGACGUCGACAGGCGCUGAAGAAAUAGACCUAAUUUUUCUCAAAGGAAUCAUGGAAAACCCCAUUGUAAGAUCACUUGCUAAGGCUCAUGAGAGACUAGAAGAUUCUAAACUUGAGGCUGUCAGUGACAAUAACCUGGAGCUGGUGAAUGAAAUUCUUGAAGACAUCAGUCCCUUAAUAAAUAAAGAUGAAAACAUUGCGGAAUUGGUUGGAAUACUCAAGGAACCUCAUUUUCAGUCACUCUUGGAAGCGCAUGAUAUUGUGGCUUCAAAAUGUUAUGAUUCCCCUCCUUCUAGUCCAGAAGUCAAUAAUUCUUCAGUGAACAACCAGAUAGUUCCAGUAGAUGCUAUUCGUAUUCUUGGAAUUCACAAAAGAGCAGGAGAACCUCUGGGUGUUACAUUUCGAGUUGAGAACAACGAUCUGGUUAUAGCACGAAUUCUUCAUGGUGGAAUGAUAGAUCGACAAGGUCUUCUGCAUGUAGGUGACAUUAUUAAAGAGGUGAAUGGCCACGAGGUUGGAAACAAUCCAAAAGAAUUGCAGGAACUGCUGAAAAGUAUUAGUGGCAGUGUCACUCUGAAGAUUCUCCCCAGCUACAGAGACACGGUUAUUCCUCAACAGGUUUUUGUGAAAUGUCAUUUUGACUAUAAUCCAUAUAAUGAUAACCUCAUCCCAUGCAAAGAAGCUGGGUUGAAAUUUUCUAAAGGAGAAAUUCUUCAAAUUGUAAACCGGGAAGAUCCAAAUUGGUGGCAGGCUAGCCAUGUCAAAGAAGGAGGAAGUGCAGGGCUCAUUCCUAGCCAGUUCCUCGAAGAGAAGAGAAAGGCUUUUGUUAGAAGGGACUGGGACAACUCAGGGCCUUUCUGCGGAACAAUAAGCAGCAAAAAAAAGAAAAAGAUGAUGUAUCUUACUACAAGAAAUGCAGAAUUUGAUCGUCAUGAAAUCCAGAUCUAUGAAGAAGUAGCUAAAAUGCCUCCUUUUCAGAGGAAAACACUGGUUUUAAUUGGGGCCCAAGGAGUGGGACGAAGAAGUUUGAAGAAUAGGUUUAUAGUACUGAAUCCUACUAGGUUUGGAACUACAGUGCCAUUUACUUCACGAAAACCAAGGGAUGAUGAAAAGGAUGGACAAGCAUACAGAUUUGUGUCACGAGCUGAAAUGGAGAUGGAUAUUAAAGCUGGCAGAUACUUAGAGCAUGGAGAAUAUGAAGGAAAUCUUUAUGGCACUAAAAUUGAUUCUAUCCUUGAAGUUGUUCAGACAGGAAGGACCUGCAUUUUGGAUGUGAAUCCACAGGCCCUGAAAAUACUGAGGACUUCAGAAUUCAUGCCCUAUGUAGUGUUCAUUGCUGCUCCGGAGUUGGAGACUUUGCGUGCUAUGCACAAGGCAGUGGUAGAUGCUGGAAUUACAACCAAACUUCUCACUGACACUGAUCUGAAGAAAACAGUGGAUGAAAGUGCCCGGAUCCAGAGAGCGUACAACCACUACUUCGAUCUGACCAUUGUAAAUGACAACCUAGACAAAGCCUUUGAGAAGCUGCAGACUGCUAUAGAAAAACUGAGGCUGGAACCACAGUGGGUCCCGAUUAGCUGGGUGUACUGAGAUUGCUGAAGAUGAGCUUAAGUAACAAAUAAAAUCAACUGCAGGAAACAAACUAACGUGACAAGAUGUGGUGUAGAUAGCGAUAACUGCGGCGCCUGCGCAUUUUUACUCUGUGUAUAUUCAAAAGUACACUAUUCUGACUUUUUAUAAUAAUGCUGAAGGGAAAGUGUACUUAAAUAUGUAAUUUAUUUUAAUUUUUCUAACUUUUUACAGAUAACCUUUCUAUUCAUAUCACAUGAAGGAAAUGCGUUUAAGCAUUUUAUACGUUUUGAUUUAGUACCUUUGCCUUUUUCAUCUGAGAAAUUUUCAGUCCUUCACUUUCACAUUUACAUCUUGGUCUUACAUUUUCACUGUGACUAAAAAGAGGAUACUUGAAACAAUUUUUGUAAAACUUGUUAAUGUCAGUGUUUAACCGGUCAAAAGUCUAUAGCUCUUAUUAGGAAACAACACUAAUUUCUUUUUUUUUUUUCCUUAAAGUAAUGAUUUGACAGGAGUAGAAUUUCAAAUGCUAAAAGCGACACAGCUCCAUUGCUCCAGCUUCUUUCUGCUGAAUGUUGAAGCAUUCUUGAUGUUUCACGAAUUCCUGGUGUCUCUUGAUUUAGACAACUGUUCUGUAGGUUCCCUUACGCGUCCCUUGAAAUCACACGAAGCAAUACCUUGCAAGCUGCUCAUCAGCUGUUUUUGGGAGCCAACCUGUCAGAAGCAUCUUGUGGAAGUACCUACGGCAGGGAGCAUGUAUGCAAGGUAAUUCAGUGCAGUGGUGAUGUAGCUGGAGAAGAGAACCUGAUAGUGGAGCCUUGUAGAGUAAAGCUUAAUAUUUAGGACUGUUGUAUUCAUGCGUAUGAAAACACAUUGAUUUUAAAAAACAAGCAAAGAAACAAAAAACAACAAAAAAAAGAACCCAAGCCAGCAUUUUCUUUUCUUAGGACAUCAUUGAUGUUUAUAUAGUGAUCUGUGGCUUAAUUUCCUGAGAUAUCUUGUGUUCUCUUUUGGAAAAUUUGUGUGAUCAACUGUUGUAUUUUUGAGUGUGAUGUAAUGGAAUUUCUGUGCUCUUUGUUGCAUUGUGUUUUUAAUUGAUUUUUUCAUUAGGUAGCUUGUAAAUUGGAAGCUUACUGCUAAAAAGCCACGCUGUUCAUAAUUUUUGUGCUUUACAACAUACUUCUUUUUGUGAUUGGUGACAGUUCUCCCCUUUGUAGGCUCAUAGACAUAAGUCACAUUAGGUUCAUGGAUCAAAGCUUAUGCUAAUGUAAGUUUCUGCUUGACAAGAACAAAAUGAAAAUAGAGCUUGUCACUGAGACUUGCUCUUUUUGUGAUCACAUUUUGUAUUACCUGUUAGCUGUUGUAUAUAGCAACAUUCACCAUCACUUACCAGGCUAACAGAAGUCAUCUAUUUGCUUAAUUUCUCUUCCAUCUGGUGACAGGCACCUUGCUUCUGAAUUCUUUUUCAACACCAAAGUGUGAUACAGAACACUCAAAAAGGCAAUUUCCUCAGAAGUUUUCUGAAGAAAAAGAGGCCUGCACACUGUAAAGCAGUAUUGGUUCCUGGGGCUCUUAAAGCCUUCUACAUGCACAUGUGAAACUGUUGAUAUAAGAAAAGCUUACAUCUCAAAAAGCAAAACCACCCCACCUGUAUGCUACAGGUGUUUUUUAAAGCUGAUGAAGUUGGUUGUUUGGCAGGGGGUAGUUUAAAAUCACAGUGUAUUUGGAAAAUGUUUGUCAGAGCUGUGUAAGCAUGGAAUGUGGCUCUGAACACUGAGAUUUCAGUCUUAUGGAGAGAGUCUGAAAGUUUCAAAGGAAAAUCUGUGCCACUACUUUGCUUUAUUGGUUUUGUUUGCUCUGGUUUUAAGCUGGGUAGAGCUUUUAAGUGUGGCAGCAUCAGCAGUAGCCCUUUAUUUGCCUUUCCCAGAGAUGCGUUCUGUGAUCCUGUCACUCAGAGACUGCUCUGAGAAAUAGAUGGAGUGUUCUACGUGGCAGCAAAGACAGCAGAGCCAUUGUUUGACUAUUUCAAUGGUUCUGUUUUGGCAUUAUAAGCUUAAUGUGAUGGCAUUGUGUUUGCAUAUUGUGUAAUAGAAGACCUACAUGUGCUGUAAAUAAGAUGUGCUUCCUGGACAGAUACGAUGCCUUUUCAUUACGAGUUAGAAAAUACUCUAUUUGUGAUGCCAAAAGUGGGCUGAGCUCACUCUUCCUUAACGAAUGGAAUGAGAUGAUUCUUCAGUUUCCACCCCAUAGUGGUUCAUAUUGCAAACAUCACCUAUUUUCAUCAUUUUUCAGACAGGUACUCAGCCAAACGAAUCCCAUGAGACAUGGGCACCAAGGGUCAGUCACGAAAACCUCGCUACUCCUAUUUCCAUCUCAGAGAUCAUACUGUGCAAAGGGCCUACAUAGUAAGCAGGCUCCAAGUAGCCAUGUAUUUGCUGAAGCCUGAAGCUUUAGCUUUCGCUUAAGCUCCACACAGUGUUUAGCAAUCAAGCACAUUUAAGUUAGCACUGUGGAGCCCAGCAGCUGACCCUUUGCUGCUGUUAAUAUGGUUGCUAAUGAGAAGUAUAAUCUAAAGCAAUAAACAGUGGGUUUCUAAGGUUGCAUUCAAGAACAGUUAUCAAAGUGAGUACAGGUUUCAACUGGAUGGUCACGUGCAAGUUUAAAGGAGGAAAAAGUACAUUCCUUGCAUCUGUUUGUUAAAUCAUACAAACUGAGAGUCCAUGCUGGCAGGUGUAUAGUAUUUGGGAAUUAUUUUUUUCAUCAGAUAUUCUGCUUAUUGUUGCCCAGUAGGGUGACUAGAUUGAAAAUGUUACUUUUAUUAAACCAAAGCAUUCCUGGAGAGUCUUAGAAUGAGGAUGCCAUGUUGGUCAUGUACACAGUGGUGCCAGACUCCACCUGUUAUAGUGUGCUAGGUCAGAAGUUGGGCAGGGAGCUGUGCAUUGCACUGUGAGGAAAAAGAUGGUGUGAAAGGUGAGUUCUAAGCAAGGGAAGCCAUUUCAUAUAAGAGCUGUUUGAAGUGUUCCUGGGGGAUAAAUAGCUAGGAUGUCACGUCUCUCAUUCUGUACUGAGCAUUCAUUUUCCAGAUAACAGGAGAACUUUUACAUUGACUGUUAAUAACAAUAGGUGUGUCUGAGCGAGGCGAAGAUGCUGCUAAAUGUUUAAGAUAUGUGGUAUGUAUCACAAGAUAAAUAUUUAAGUAAGUAGAUUAGAAAAGUGAAUUAUCAAAUAGUUGUCUGUGUAUAUGUAUGUAUGUGGAUGGUGAAACAAAACCGCUCAUGUCUGCUUCCACAUUUCUAUCUCUCACGACUUAAUCCAGAAAUGUACCUGCAUGUGAGACUUUAGAACUGGUACACUUCUCUACCUGGUUUAUUGUGUUUACUAAUGUAUAUUUUUCUAAAUAUACAGAUAUUUCAAUCUAAAAAUUCUAUAUUUAUCUGUAAUUUCUAUGUUUUAAACAGUGCAUGGAAGUGCUGUAAAAUUCUGUACAUAUUGAGAGACUUAUAGAAGAAACACUGUCAUUGCCCUCUGUAUGAAAAGUUAUAUAUAAAAACACAGUCAAUAUGCCAAUACCCAUAAGUUAUUUCUUUAAAUGCACCAAAAAUGCCCCUAAUUAUACACCAAUCUCAACCUUAAUGUAAAUACUUUUUGGUGCAUUUAUACCCACAUGAUUACUUUGCUGUCUCUAACUGUUAGACCUGCAGGUCUACUUUAGGUUCUAAGUCAUGUGACAACAUGCAGUCAAUUAAAGUUUGGUGUAGUAUGUCAUCUUGCAUAGACUUAAAAAGGGCUUUAGCAAUGAUCUGCAAGCAUAAAAUGGAGGUAAAAUUGGAGCAGUAUCACAUACUGACGCAGGCAAGGGAAAUAAGCCUUACACCCAGUGUGGUACUCCCAGUCUGCAGAGUUCUCAGAUCAGUGCAGCUCUGUGUACUCAGUCAUACAAAAGCUGCAGAAUAGCAGAUUGGCUCUUUCAGAAUCUGUAUAUAAUCUGUCACAUCCUUGGUAGGCUCAAAAUGCAACUUUUUUUUUCCUUCUAUUCUGACUCAUUGUGUCCUCUAAAAUCCCACCUGAGUGAUUUGCUGUACAAAUUGCCAGCAGCUCAGUGUUCAGGAAGUGUUCCAUGGUUUGUUUGUAUGGUUGUUGUUUUUUUUUUUUAAGACUGAUUCAGAUAAUAAAUAAUAGGAAAUUUUCUUUUAAGUUUUGAAGACAGAAAUCUAGGCUAGGGCCCCUUUGAAGCCAAGUUUGCCUCUCUGCUGUGCUUAAGAAAGGACCAGUGGAGAAGGACAAGUAGAGCACAACUC